AUGCAGAAGGAGUUGGAGAAGGAGAGGCUUGAUGAGUUGAAGAAAAAGGAAGAUGAUGAUGAGUUGGAGUUUAAGAGGCUUAGUGAGUUGAAGAAAAAGGAAGAUGAUGAUGAGUUGGAGUUGAAGAGACUUAAUGAAUUAAAGAAGAAGCAAGAUGAUGAUGAGUUGGAUAAGAAUAAGCUUAAUGAGUUGAAGAAGAAGCAAGUUGAUGACGAGUUGGAGAAGAAUAGGCUUCAUGAGUUGAAGAAGAAGCAAGAUGAUGAUGAGUUGGAGAAGAAUAGGCUUAAGGAGUUGAAUAAGAAGAAAUAUGAUGAUGAGUUGGAGAAGAAUAGGCUUGAGGAGUUGAAGAAGAAGCAAAAUGAUGAUGAGUUGGAGAAGAAUAGGCUUGAGGAGUUGAAGAAGUAG